AUGAUGAAAAUAAAUAAUACAUUUUUAAUAUUAAUCGUUGGAUUAGUAUGUUUGGUAGAUCUUUCAGUACAAUCAAACUUUAUCUAUAUUACACCAUACUCUUCAGAUGAUGUUAGCUCCACACCCUAUGGUAUUGGAUAUAAUAUACCGAUGGACACUUGCUUGACGGUCAAUGGCAUCGAUGUCAUGUUCCACCAAGCGGAUCCAUCUUCCAACAAUGUAACAAUGACAGAAUUCCUAGAUAAUUGCACUACUGCUCACACUCACUACAGCUACAGACUCGAUGAAGUAGUCGGCUUCAAUCUCUUCUAUGGUCCAAAAUACAACGCCACUCUCUCACUAAAGACAAAUGCUAUGCCAUCGGACGCCGUUCAAUAUAUCUACUACUACUACAGUAACUUCUGUUCCGGUCCAACCUACACUAUCUAUUUCACUAACGGCUACUCAGAUAGUGACGGUAAAUAUUUCUGUAACAACGACGAGCCACAAGUCUUUGCUUGUUACAACGGUAACUGUGUCCAAGUUACAUUCGAUCACAGCUUAGUUAUUGGAUUAGCUUUUUUGGUUGAUUUAUCAACUCAAACAACAUUAUCCUAUAUUUAUAUCACUCCCUAUGGAUCUAAUGAGACAGCUAAAACUGACACACCCAAUGGAGUUGGAUACAUUUUUCCAAUGGACACCUGUUUGGAUAUGAAUACCGGUACCAAUAUUUUGUUCCACCAAGAGGAUCCUAACUCCAACUCUGUAACAAUGUCCCGGAUGAUAAAUUACUGCACCACCUUAGUUGAAAAUUUCACUUUCACCUUGGACGAAAUGACAACUUUCAAUAUUAUCUACGGUCCAAGCUUCUACUCGACUCUCUCACUGAAAACCAACAACAUGCCAAGCGAUGCCAUCCAAUUCUCCUAUUAUUACGACAGUAGGAAGACCUGCGUUGGUCCAACCUACACCAAAUACUACACCAAUGGAUAUUCCACUAGUACCUCCAAGUACUAUUGUAACAACAACGUUCCAGCAGUAUUCUCUUGUUCCGAUGAUAAUUGUACCCAACUCAAUUAUUCAGGUUGUAAUUCCGGAUUUUUUUACGGUUCAUACAUAGUACACUGUUAA